AAUGUGGGAGAUAGACCGAGGUUCCAUAUCGAGGUCAGACAUUUUUGCCAGAUAUGAAGGGUGCGCGGCAACAAAAAAAGAAAGGCACAACCCAGCUCGUCUUUUCCAAAGUAAAGACACGCCCACCAACAUGGUGAUACCUGAGAGAUAGACUUCCAGCAUGAAGUCCCUGGAGUCGACCUGAACGUUACAUUCAGCGGCCCAACGACAAACAUGCUGCGUUGUAUGGUUGAUACCUCGAUUCACUGCAGCCAACGAACGUAUCGGCUGUGUCCGUAGUCCAUUGGACUCAACGUCCACGGCCAGAGACAAUUGAUAUCAUUGAGCUGGUUGCGAUCCGCGUAAGCACACUUGUCGGACCGCGUUCGGACAGCAAUUGUUCUUGCACUCGCAUCUUCGGCCAUGGAUAGACCACAAAUGAUCCUUGCGUCUCUCCAGAUAAGUCAAUCCAGACACUGCUAAAGUCUUCGCUGGUUGACUUCUCGCCGGCUCUGGCCUAGCACUCGUAGCUAAGUGGCUAACUAGGGUUGCCCCUUGAAUUUUGCUGGUGACCGCUGCAGAUGAAAGGUUCUCCAGUGCCAUCCUGGCUCAAGACCCACGAUGGCAGUGCGAACAGAUGUGGAUGCCUCCACCACCGAAAGGUGGGUGGGAGCCGGGGGCACUGGAUAUCCACACUAGAAUGUGGGACCACGAAGUCGAAGGGGGCCCCUGGAGCACGCGCCUAAUCAGGGAUGAAUCGGGGGGAUCAAGUGGGAGAGCCGGAAGCCUAGUGGAUCCGCAACCAGAGGCAACUUCCGAGACUCUCCCGGUGCGAGUGGGUACCUAUGCUCCGUGUCCAGACCAAGAUACUACCGCAGUAGAGUACGGAGUACGAGGAUACCAUGAGAUUCUGGUGAGCCGUUGAUAUUGAUCAAUUUCUAUUGAGUGUAAAGACGUGGGUAUCGAAUUAGAUCAAAGGAGACCGAGUUCGACUGCGCACCCCUCUGUGGUGUGGCAUAUAUCGUCAAGGUGCGCGGACGGGGAAUAAACGUUCCGAGUGCCAAGCGUGUGUAGAAUUCAGAGGUCCGCCGUUGCAUUUGGUGGCAUGCCGUGGCUAUCGGUUUGGUAUGGGUAUUACAGCCGCAUUCCAGCAUCGAGCUAGGGAAAACACCAAUGUUUGGCGAAGAAACGGAUAGUA